AUAACCAUGCCGCAUUUAUGUGUAUAAUAUUUUUGCUUUGAUUAUAAUGAUAAUUCAUAAUUAGAAAUCAACAACAUAUGUUACAAACGAUAUAUAUUGUUAUAAAAAAGAGCCCUAAGUAAAAAAAGUUUCGUUCAAAUUUAAUUGUCAUCAUCUCUGUGAGAAGAAAAAAUUUACUUUGAAAGGUCUUAUCUUUUUUUAAAGAAAUGUCAGCGAAACGUCUGGACAUAGUUAUAUUUGGAGCAACAGGUUUUACUGGUAGAGUUGCUGUUAAAGAAGCUGCUUCUUUAUCAAAAAAAUACAAUUUCACAUGGGGAAUUGCUGGACGCCGUCAAGAAGCAUUGGAAGCUGUCAUUAAUAAAUUCGCUCCAAAUUCUGAAAAUGUUCCGAUAAUAAUUGCCGACAUAAGAGAUCAAGAAUCAUUAAAAAAGAUGGCCGAUAGUGCUAAAGUAAUUGCAAAUUGUUGUGGGCCCUUCAGAUUUUAUGGUGAGGCAGUUGUUAAAGCUUGUUUAGCUGCUAAAACUCAUCAUGUAGAUGUCAGUGGAGAGACUCAGUACAUGGAAAAAAUGCAAUUAGAAUACAAUAAGGCUGCACAAGAAGCAGGUAUCUACGUUGUAAGUGCCUGUGGAUUUGAUAGUAUUCCUUGCGAUCUCGGUAUUCUUUAUACUCAAAAUAAUUUUCAAGGCGAAAUAAAUACCAUAGAGAGUUAUUUAAAUUCUUGGAAUAAUUCGAAUGCUGGAGGAGCAUCAAUUCAUUAUGCAACAUGGGAGUCUGCUAUUUACGGUAUAGCACAUUAUAAUGAAUUACGUGAAAUUCGAACAAAACUUUUUCCUAACAAGUUGCCAAAAUUUGAACCAAAACUUCCAAAUAGAGGCACUGUACACAGAAGCAUAAUUUCUAAUGGUUGGUCUACAGUUUUUCCCGGUUCUGAUCGUUCUGUUGCAUUGCGCACACAACGUUUUUUAUAUGAAAAAAAUAAGCAAAGACCAAUUCAAAUUCAGACCUACAUUACAUUUCAGUCACUAGUUCAUGUAAUGGCAAUGGCCUUUUUCGGUGGAAUAUUCUUGCUUUUAAUGAAAUCAGAAUUUGGGCGAAAUUUAUUACUAAAGCAUCCAAAAUUCUUUUCUGGAGGUUCGAUUAGUCACGAAGGACCAACUGAAGAAAAAAUGGAGAAUUCUAUGUUCUCGAUAACAUUUAAGGCUACGGGUUGGAAAGAAAAAUUAGUUGAAUUAUCUGACAAACAUGUUAAUCCUCCGAAUAAGGAAUUAAUUACAAAAGUUACUGGCAAAAAUCCCGGAUAUGGACUUACAAGUAUAUGUUUACUUUUAGCAGGCAUCACAAUUUUACGGGAAUCUGAUAAAAUGCCUGAUAAUGGAGGAGUUUUAAGUCCAGGUGCUGCAUUUGUCAAUACUUCUUUAAUGGAAGAACUAAAGAAAAAUGGUAUGACCUUUGAAAUAAUUUCGUCAACUGAAUAAAUAUAUGGGUAAUCAUUUAUUUCCAAGAAAUAUAAUAUAUAAUUGCAAUAUUAUUUAUAAAUAAAUGGUUUUAGUAGACAAGAAAAUAUAUUUAGCCCUUUUCUUAUUUGAUGACAGUGAUCUAUUCUAUAUUUAUAUUAGUCUAUAUUACUUUAUACUUUGUAAAUGGUAAACUACAGUUUUUAUAUUUCUAAAUAAAUAAAUGUCUUGAUUGAAA